AUGUGCAAGAAAAUGGUGUUAGAGAUGUGCAAUAAAAUGGUGUUAGAGAUGUGCAAGAAAAUGGUGUUAGAGAAGUGCAAGAAAAUGGUGUUAGAGAAGUGCAAGAAAAUGGUGUUAGAGAAGUGCAAGAAAAUGGUGUUAGAGAAGUGCAAGAAAAUGGUGUUAGAGAAGUGCAAGAAAAUGGUGUUAGAGAAGUGGAAGAAAAUGGUGUUAGAGAAGUGCAAGAAAAUGGUGUUAGAGAAGUGCAAGAAAAUGGUGUUAGAGAAGUGCAAGAAAAUGGUGUUAGAGAUGUGCAAGCAAAUGGUGUUAGAGAUGUGCAAUAAAAUGGUGUUAGAGAUGUGCAAGAAAAUGGUGUUAGAGAUGUGCAAGAAAAUGAGAAGUGCAAGAAAUGGUGUUAGAGAAGUGCAAGAAAAUGGUGUUAGAGAAGUGCAAGAAAAUGGUGUUAGAGAAGUGCAAGAAAAUGGUGUUAGAGAAGUGGAAGAAAAUGGUGUUAGAGAAGUGCAAGAAAAUGGUGUUAGAGAAGUGCAAGAAAAUGGUGUUAGAGAAGUGCAAGAAAAUGGUGUUAGAGAUGUGCAAGAAAAUGGUGUUAGAGAAGUGCAAGAAAAUGGUGUUAGAGAUGUGCAAGCAAAUGGUGUUAGAGAUGUGCAAGCAAAUGGUGUUAGAGAUGUGCAAGAAAAUGGUGUUACCGAUGUGCAAGUUAAUGAUGUUAGUGAUAUGCAAGUAAAUGGUGUUAGAGAUGUGCAAGCAAAUGGUGUUGGGGAUGUGCAAGCAAACUGUGUACUCAUACCUGAGCUUGUCCUGAAGGGUCCAAUCAACACAGCUCAAGUUAUUGGAUUUGAUGUGGUCUUUCAUUGUAAUCUGACAAACACACAGGAUGUUGAUAAACCAGUCAACCAGCCCUACACCAUAACAUGGUCCUUCCAAGCCACGGAGCAGGAGGACACCUCCGCCGUCAUGACCAUCAUCCACCACGGGGACCAGAAGUUCACCUUCAUCUCGCCCCUGGACCAGAAGCUGACCGGCGCCUCCCCCCUGGAGCAGAAGUACAGCAACAACCAGACCCAGCUGCUGGUGCGCAACAUCCUCCUGGCAGACGGGGGCUGGUACUCGUGUCACAGCAACCUGACCCAGAAAAACCUGGGGGCUAAUCUCCUGGUCGUUGAGCACCCAGUAUGUCACAAUGACAACCCCGGGGUGUACUUUAGACAGAACAUUACACUGGAGUGUAUUGUCAAGUACAGUGGCAACAAGCCCCCCUCUGUUGACUGGAGGUUUGGCAGCCUGAAGCUCAACUCUACCACUGAGGUGGCUGAGAGCUCCAAUACCCUGAGGGAGAGGCUGAUCAUAGAGGCUAAUGAUGAUAUCAGGGGGCACAUCUACCACUGCCGUGUCUUCUCACCUGGCUUGAUCCCCAUUGAGUGCCUGGCGUUACCUGCUAUACAGGUGUACAGCCAAGCCAAAGUGAUGACAGUGAAUGUCUUCCCACAUACAAAACACAAUGAUUUCCCCAGAGGGUCUAAUGUCUCAUUAAAAUGUAUAGGUACUGGCUAUCCAGCCCCCACAUACUCCUGGACGUUCACCCCGGCUGGCUCAGACAGGAAGUUGGAGCGCAAAGAAAAAAUCAACUCAAUCAACCUGAUCAACUUCUCCGAGGAAAAUGCCGGGGUGUACGAGUGUCGUGUCACCAACGAAAUCAUGAUCAAGGUCACAGGUGAAAACGAGGAGGGGGGUAAAGUGGAGGUGUUUGAGGAUGUGCAAGUGGUCAACAUAUCUGUCGCAGCUGACAUGAUUUUUAACGCUGAUGGUCCCAACGCUGACUACAUCAUCAGCAACUCCCACCAGAUUGGUCCAGUAGGUCAAGUUGGGCCUCAGAUGGCGGACACAAGCAUGCGUUUUUCACCCUAUGCCAUUGGUGCUGUGAUCAGUGCUGGUCUGGCUGUGCUGCUGAUCAUUGUCUUUGUCUUCAUGGCCAUGAGAAUGAAGAAGAGGGAGAAGAGGAUGAGGGAAAAAAUAGCCCGCGCUCACGACGAGAAUCUGGAUGAUCAAGAGGUGGAGUUACUGGAUGAGAGUACACAACCAAAUACAGAAUAUUUACCUACGGAAUACUCCAGGCUGAAGAUGAGCUGGGAGAUACCACGUAAGGACGUAAGACUCCUGGAGCAGAUAGGUCAAGGUGCUUUUGUUCAGGUGUGGAAAGGGCGCAUGAGAAGGUCACCUGGCUCCACAGAUGUGAUGAGAGUCAUUAUUAAGAAGUUGCAAGGUGAAUCAAGUGAUAAAGAGAGACACUUCUUCACUGCUGAGCUUGAGGUCCUGAAGAUGUUACCAGCCCACGCCAAUGUCAUCAGGCUAGUAGGGAGCUAUACUGCCAAUGAGCCGUGGCUGAUGAUGAUGGAACUGGCCAGUGAGGGGACACUCCAGCAGUUCUUACAGCGCCACGGACCAGGUCACCAACAGGUCAUGAUUGGUAGGGGAGAGAAGCCCAGUGUCACCAUGACCAAGAAACAGAACCUGACCUCACAGAAGUUGUUGGCCCUGGCAGCUCAAGUGGCCAGUGGGCUGGACCAUCUGGAGAAGUUCAAGCUGAUCUACUACCGCCUGCGAUCCUGUAAGAUUCUUGUGGCCAAGGGAGGGAUCUGCAAACUGUCAGGAUUUGGCUUCCCUAAUGAGAUGACAGAGAGAAACCUGUAUGAAUGUAAUUCUGUCCCUGUCCGCUGGACCGCCCCAGAGAGCCUACAGAGUAACGUGUACAACACCAAAACAGACACCUGGUCAUAUGGCAUCGUGGCAUGGGAGAUCCUACACUUUGGUACCACGCCCUACCCCACCAUGGGACCCCACGAGGUGGUGGAGAGUGUACAGAAUGGCUUCAGGAUGCCGAAACCCCAGCACUGCAGCUCUGAGUUGUAUGAGCUGCUGCUCCGAUGUUGGCACACCAUCCCAGAGGAGCGUCCAUCCUACCAGGAGAUCCUUGAAGUGCUGUCCCACCUUGUGGUCAAUGCUGAUGUCCAUAUUGACUUCUCCAGCCUGCCUGACCACCUGCUGUCCCUAGACACAGGUGACAGCGCUGUGUUUUAA